ACACACAGUACUGAUCCCAUACAUCCCCGCUCACACACAAAUAGUUUAACAGCGUUUGCGCUGCGCGAAAUACCGAGAGAAGCGCAUUUAUUCCGCCCGCAGAUAACGGCAUAAAUCUAGCUGUAGGUAACGGUGCGCGAUUCGAAAGCUCGCUGGUGCGCGCGCUCUCUCUCUCCCGCUCCGCUCCUGACGUCAGCGAGAUUGUCUUUGAGAGCGUCGAGCCCAGCAGCAGCGCUCUCUCUCCACACUAACCCUCCAUUGUGCACACGCUAACGAUGCCAGCGCUCGCAGCCGCCGCCCAGUAGAGACCUCCCAGCCCGAGGACCGAGCACCGAGCACCACGACCCCGCUACACAGUCCGAGAGCGCGCGCCAGAGACUUAUGUUCUAGCCCAACGUUGUCUUUUGCUGGAUUUAAUGCUCUAGCUAGCCGACGACAGGGAGAGAGAGAGAGAGCGAGAGAGAGAGAGAGUGUGUGUGUGUGUGUGUGUGAGAGAGAGAGAGAGGGAUAGGGACAGCCUUAGAGAGGGAUAAGGAAGAAACACCGAGGAUAUUUCUCACCCGGACCAUUUUGGAGAUAAAAAAAGAGCCGAGAUUCAUCUAGCCAUGGGAUGUACACUGAGCGCAGAGGAAAGAGCGGCUCUGGACAGGAGCAAAGCCAUCGAGAAAAACCUCAAAGAAGACGGAGUCACUGCUGCUAAAGAUGUGAAAUUGCUCCUGCUAGGGGCUGGGGAAUCUGGGAAAAGUACCAUCGUGAAACAGAUGAAGAUUAUCCACGAGGACGGUUUCUCUGGUGAUGAUGUGAAGCAGUACAAGCCAGUGGUCUUCAGCAACACCAUCCAGUCUCUGGCUGCUAUCGUGCGUGCCAUGGACACACUGGGGCUGGAGUACGGAGACAAGGAGCGUAAAGUUUAUUGUGUUGGGAUGACAAAUGGCAAUGAAGUUGUAAAACUGGAUAUAGCUUUACAUAAAAAAGGUUAAUAAUUAAAAAAUUUU